GUGUUGUCCUGUUUGUUUCAUUUCGGUGAAUCACCAAAUUCCCAGAUUCUUUGCAUUCUUCUUCCAGGCACUCAGAUCAGCUGUUUUGCUCCCAUUAACUUCUCCAUGAGACAAGGAGCUUAUGUGGACUCAUUCUGCUGGGCAGUACAAGCUCAGUCUACACAACUGUGGAUGCACAAGUUCUUUCCGUACAUUUUGCUCUUCCUGGCCAUCCUGAUGUACACUCCCACCCUGUUCUGGCGAUUCACAGCAGCGCCACACCUCUCAUCUGACCUCAGCUUCAUCAUGGAGGAGCUGGAUCGCUUUUAUAACCGUGCAAUCAAACUGGCCAAGAAUCUGGCAACCAUAGAAAACAAGGAAGCACCAGAGGACACCCAAAGCAGUGCUGUGGGCCUGUCUGAGGAAUGCUUUAAAUUCCCUUUGGUGGAGCAGUAUCUGAAGACCAAACGCUUCUCUCACGGCCUGGUGGUCAAGUACCUGGCGUGUCGCAUCCUGACUCUCCUGACGCUGCUGCUGGCCUGCCUCUACUUGGGUUACUACAUCCAGCUGGUCUCAGUCACCGAUGAGUUUCCGUGUGACUUGAGGACAGGACUGCUGAAGAAUGACAGCACGGUGCCGUCGGCGGUCCAGUGUAAGCUCGUGACGGUGGGCAUCUUCAGGCUGCUCAGCUACAUCAACCUGGUGAUGUAUGUGCUCCUUGCUCCACUGGUGGUGUACGCCGCCGUUGGACCAGCGCGGCAAAGUUCGAGCUUUCUUCGUCCAUAUGAGAUGCUGCCAGGCUUUGGCAGCCUGGGUGUGGUCACGCCGGUCUACAAUGACCUCAGCAUCUAUCUGCUGUUUCUGGAAGAGAACCUGAGUGAAAUCAAAUCAUUUAAAUGCCUACAGGUGCUUGAACUGCUGCAAGAGGCUGGUGAUGAAGGAUUUGAUGCUAUAUGCUUGCUGCAAAGUCUGGGACAGGUGAAGACGGACGUGAUUGACAGUCAUAAGAAACAUGGAAACAGCAGCAAAAGCAGUAAGGCUGAAGCAUGAUGGUUCUGAGAUGUCCCUGUGUGUUGCUAAAUUUGGAGAAGAUGCAUCAUUACUGCAACUCCUGUUCAUCUUCUUCUGAAUUCCUGGUGGUGGAUUAAAAAAACCCCCUGGAGUGUAAUAAAACAAUCCAAGUCUGUCAUUUAAUCAGAGUCUGACCACUGAUGUCACUGAGUUUGUAUUCUUUUUUUUAUUGCUGAACAGUCAUGUGUUCAUAUUAUUCUGUGUAAUGCACACUAACUCAGGAUCUGAAAUACCUUACAAUCAUACUACAAUCAUAAUUUUAUAAAUAUAAUCAGUUUUUCUUGAACACGGUGUGGCUUUGCUUUAUGACUGAGACAUAAGAGUGUAAACAAUGAAUGCAAAUGUACUUUUAGGUCAAAGUUUGGUAUGAAGGUGGUGACAUCAUUUGUUUGUUUUUAUUUCUUCCAAGUGCCCGAGGCACAGGCUUUUUAAAAAAAAAAAUACAGCUGUAAAGCGUGUAAUUACUUCUG